UAAUAAUUAUUAUGUAUCUGGUGGUUGUGAAGAAGAGAUGGGAAAAUGGCAAAUUUUGUACUCAAAGUCCCAAGUAACCUUCGCACCUUCUCUGUUUCUGCUGCGUCCUCCAAUGGGCCUAGUCCCGGCGUGCCUCAAUCUCAAUCAGGGGGACCGGUGAUUGUUGAACUUCCGAUUGAUAAAAUCCGAAGGCCCCUCAUGCGUACCAGAGCUAAUGAUCCAGGCAAGGUCCAGGAAUUGAUGGAUAGCAUCCGCCAGAUUGGCCUGCAAGUACCUAUUGAUGUGCUGGAGGUUGAUGGGGUUUACUAUGGCUUUUCUGGUUGUCACCGCUACGAGGCUCACCAGCGCUUGGGGCUUCCAACUAUCCGUUGCAAAGUUCGCCGUGGAACACAAGAGACCUUGAGGCAUCAUCUGCGAUAGAGAUAUCGAGUACCCGGCCAGUUUGUGCCUGCCCAUAAAAGGUUAUUGAUCAACUUUAGUAGGAUGUUGCAAGAUGUAGCAACUCAACAGAAAAUGCUAUGAUCAUUCCUUUGACAUGUAUUUUAUAUUCCUUUUGUAAUGAAGAUCCAAUCCCAAUUGGCUGCUAAAAACAAUGGCACUCAGAAGAACAUCAUGGUAAUAUUAUAGAAAUGGGGUCAGGUUGAUUGUCAUUUUCUUUUGUGUGUGUAUUAGGUUGUUGCCAUGUGUUUGAUCUCUCUAUUAUAAUAAAAAAUUUUCAGUUAGGGUUGGUUUGGAA